GAGAAGAAGAAUGGUGACGUCACGUGGGAGGGCCAGCCAGAGCUCGUGGUUCGUGGACGGUUCGCGGGAAAAGAAGUCCCAAAACAAAUCGGUUGCGAUGGACACGCGAGCAGCGUCACGUAGAGUCUAACCGGGAAAACGUUUACCGAUCCUCGUCAACGCAGGGUAUCACGGAUACUGACCCACGAGCCGUUCUGAGGCUACGAGAGCUAACCGGCUACUUUAGGUAGCUACGAGCAAACAACACACUGUCAGUCGGUUAGCUAAACAUUAGCCAAGCAUUAGCCAGCCGCCAGCGGACAGGCUAACGGUGAACACGGGGUGGCGAAGACUCGGUGAACGACUGGUGAAAUGGCAGAGAGGCCAGAGGAUCUGAACUUACCUAACGCGGUGAUCACCCGCAUCAUCAAGGAGGCGCUUCCAGAUGGAGUCAACGUGUCCAAAGAAGCCAGGAGAGCCAUUUCCCAAGCUGCCAGCGUGUUCGUGCUCUAUGCAACCUCCUGUGCGAAUAAUUUCGCGAUGAAGGCAAAGAGAAAAACUCUGAACGCGGGAGACGUCUUGGCAGCGAUGGAGGAAAUGGAGUUUGAGCGAUUCCUGGAGCCGCUCAGAGAAGCUUUGGAAGUGUACAAAAAGGGCCAGAAAGGAAAGAAGGAGGUGUCGGAGCAGAAGCGCAAAGACAAAGAGAAGAAGGUCGACUCUGAGAAUGACAAGAGCCGGGAGGAGGAAGAGGAGGAGGAGGAGGAGCGAAUGGAGGAGGAGCCGGAGGCGGAGAACGAAGCAGCAGCGGAGGAGGAGGAUGAGGAGGAGGACGAGGUGGAGAACUGAGGACGUUUUCACUUCUGACGACACAAACGAUUUAUAUAACAAAAACAACGCACUUGUCCGUGUACGAUGAUGCGUUCAAGUGACAUCGCUACGAAUCGUUGCAUCAGGUUACGGCGAGGUGACAUCUGCCCUCCGCGGUCUUGUCUUCCAACAUAAAGCACAACGGUGACGUCGCCAUGUUUUUUUUGGUAAUUUUCAUUUUUUAUACACUUUGAUACAAAUGCUGUACAAUUUCUUCUGUAACAGGAUUUCCUGAAAAUAAAUGACAUUUAAUUAACUCGCAAAAAUCUGAUGUUUGAACAUAUGAUUCAAAUGUGGAUUAUAUUUAAUUUAACCCAUUUCUUUUUUUUUCUCCCCCUUCAGCCGAUUAAGUAUAUGGUUAAUAGCAUUAUACAAAUAAAAAUAUUGCUUCACCUUAGUAAACCCUUAACGACCCAAAUGCAUAUAAUAGUGUAAUAAUGUAAUCAAUUAAGCAAACUACAAACCACACUUACUUUGAAAUCACCAUGUUUUUCCCCCCGUCAAGUUCUAUAAAAAAUAUCCACAGAUUAACUUAAAAACCGUGUGUGAACAUAGUUCUUUUUUUUCCUGAUAAAGACUGUGCUGUUUCUCACGUCUUUCCUUUUGUACAAUUUACUGUGACAAAUUUCAACGUUUUCAAUAAAACAGUUUGUAUGAAAUCAA